GACGACCUUCGAUCUUACAUAUGUCUCAGCUUGAAAGCUAGGGGUAAAACCACCAAAGAAAUAGGAGUGUUAGACUCCAUGAUUCUGAGUCGGUUCGCAUUGUUGAAGGUUCUCGAUUUGGAGGGGGUCUACAAGCCACAGUUGCCCGACUCUAUGGGAAAACUGACACUUCUGAGGCUCUUAGGGCUAAGAUCGACUCUGAUAGAUUCACUGCCGAGGUCUAUAAGUGAACUGCCGAACCUGGAGACUCUAGGCCUGAAGAACACCGAUGUAAUCUCUAUUCCCAGCCCUAUUUACAACUCAGGCAAGCUUCAUCAUCCUUAUAUGAAAGAGGUUCAAAUUGAUUCCUCAUGUCACAAAAAAAUAUCCUCAAAUCUUCAGACCUUGACCGGGUUGUGUAUAGGUGAAGGGAGAUCUUCACCUAGUGGUCUCGAGAGAAUGAACAAACUUGAGAAACUAAAACUGAGAUACCAUCCAACUUCAGUUGGAGGUGCAGCGGCCCUUGUUUCCCAAAACACACUCCUUCGAUCUCUAAGGUUGUCGUCGACUGAUCCUUCUGAUCCAUAUGAUUGUCGUGAAGAGUUGAACUUGUCAUCCCACUUGAAUCUGCAGAAAUUAUAUUUGCUCACGAAGUUAAGAUUAAGUGAACCGGAGACUGCAACUCUAGCGGACCAACCUGCAGCAGCACAGAAUCAACCUGCAGUUUACCCGCCUGAAGUCGAGUCAGCAGCCAAGCCAGCAGAACAGCUUGCCUUUCCAGGAAACCAGCCUGACAUGCAAUCAGAUAUUGAGCUUGCUGGAUCACGCCAGCAUGCUGUUCCAGGAAACCAACUUGAAAUCGCGCCAGAAAUUGGACCAGCAGAACAGGUCCAAUCUGGGACUCCAGGACGCCAACCUGAAGUCAUAUCAGUUGCUCGGCCUGCACAGCAGCUUGCCCUUCCUGGAAACCAACCUGACGUGCAGACAGGGAUCGACCUCGUCAGACCAACCCAGCAUGCCAUUGGACUGGAAGUGGUAGGGGCAGUUCACCCACCAGAAAUCGUGUCAACAGAACCUGCAGAACAGCUUGCCCUUCCAGGAAACCAGCCUGACGUGCAGUCAGAGCUUGAGCUCACUGGAUCGCCCCUGCAUGCCAUUCCAGGAAAUCAACCAGAAACUGUGCCAGAAAUUGGGCCCGCAGAACAGGUUCAAUCUGGGUUUCCAGGACUCCAACCUGAAGUCGAACCAGUAGCUCAGCCCGCAGAACAGCUUGGAAACCAACCCGACAUGCAGUUAGGGAUCGACCCCACCCGACAGCCCCAGCAUGCCGGUGAACUGGUAGUGGUACUUUCCAGCAGCAUCAGGCAACUUACCCUGUCAAAGUCUUGUCUAGAUGAGGAUUCCAUGGGACUUUUGGGACGUGCACUUCCUAAACUAGCCGUGCUUAGGCUUUUUGCUGAAUCCUACACUGGAUCAAAAAUGAGAUGCACUGGUUUUCCUGAACUGCGUAUCCUGAAACUGUGGAAACUGAAAAAUCUUGAGGAAGUGAUUGUGGAAUCAGGAGACAUGUCCAACCUUCACGAAAUGGAAAUUCGGGAAUGUCCAAUGAUGAAAAAAUUCCCCAGGGUGAAGCACUUGGGCAUGUUGAAGGAACUCACACUGACAAACGUGCUUGAGGAUCUAGUGAAAGAUGUCGAGAGAAAUCUGGAUAAUCAGAAUACAUAUUGCAGAAAAAACAAUGGAAAUGCUGCGUUUCUAAUUAAGGUUUCAUGAUCACUGAAUCCAAUGCGGCCAACCUUGAGAGCAGAUUCAUAUUCAAAAUGCAACGAAGGUGCAGCCCACUGAACCAUCGGUAUCUGGGGCAGUCAUUUUCGCAUUGAGAAAUGUGGUGGGAUUAAUGCCCUUGUGAUAUAUUCCUCCUGCCUUCCCCCCAUCUAAUUCUCCUUCUUCCCUUUUUCCAAGUGACUUGUGUAACGACCCCGUGUUGCCCAUGCAUUAUUUCCUUUGUUCUAGUGAGGUAAUUUGGGUUUUUUUUUUUUUCAAAUGUCAAUAAUGUAUGGCAUGUAUGAAGUGGGGGCUUGUGUUGUUGCCGUGUGGAAUAUAAAAUCUAUGUAAU